AUGGCCUGCUGUGCAGCAGCGGCCGAACACAGCUGCAGCAGCUGCCGCAGCUCCCCCGGGAUCAGGUCUUGCGUCUCACGCCUUGUCCUAUUGUUGUUGCUGCUAACAUUUGUGUUUGGUGUUACUGCACACGCUGCUGCAGAAGGAGGACUUCCUGCGGCGAUUUCUCUUGCACAGAAACAGCGACAGGAAUUACCGCAGCAGCAAAAGCCGAAACAGAAGGAGCAGCAGCCGCAGCGGCAAGACCAAAAGCAGCAGUACCAGUUGCAGCAACGGGCUUGCGCUGCCGCUCCUCUGAAGGUAUUUGACCUAGAAGGGGUGUCAGAAGGAGCAUCAGGCAAAGAGGGAGGCUUGCCGGUACCGCUUUCACCAGCAGCCAUAUUAGGCACAGGGUCAUCGCCGCUGGACGGGGGCAAGAAGGUGCAGCGACAGCCAGAUUCAGCAACACCACCUGCUGCUUCAGAAUCCUCAGAAAGUCGCGAACCGCAGCAUCAGCAGGACACUAUUGGACGGGCAGCAAAAGAUACGGCUUUCGCCACCACCAGCCCCACUCCUCGCAGUUCAGUAGAACAGCAAACACACCUGCAGGAGGAGCAACUACAAAGACAGAAGCAACAGCAACAGCAACGGAGUCAACGUCCACAUGUGGGCAGCAAAACGUCAGGGGUGUUUAUUGCAUUCAAGCAGCUUGCGGCGGCUGCAGCAGCUGGUGCUGCCGUUGCUACAAGAAAGAGGUCUGGGGCCUCUCGCUCUGGAUUGCAGUCGUCAACGCAGCGGCAACAGCAAAAGCAGCAUCAGUGGGAGUCACCGCCACAGCAGCCUUCGGUGGCUUCCCUGUCAAGGAUAUCUCCGCCUUCGGAUGCCAGCGAGCACCGCCGCGCGACCUGGGCUGAUGCAGAUAGGACGCCUGACGUGGCCCCUGCAGCUGCAGCAGCUCCAGCUCACUCAGCUGCUGUGAAACUUUUAGCAACUCGUGAAAGCCCCACAGGUGCAGCACAUCCUAUUGGUACGUCGACUGCAGUGGGGCUGCGGCGCCUGCUAAAGGCCGGACAGUGGCAGGAACAAGCAGACGAAGCGUUACCGAGUGCUGUGUGCAGCUGGGGCUCGUCUACAGUGUGGUUCAUGCAGUGGUGUUACUCUUUAGGCUCAUGCACUGCAGCAGCAACCCGCGGAGGUCAUGUAGUUACAACAGCACUACGUGGGGAGUCUGCAUCCGAUGCAGCCGCGGCGGCAACGUGUCCCUGCGUCGCUCCACGCAUGCCCGUCCUGUUGCGCGAUGAGCCGUUGCGCGGGCAGGAGAGGGUACAGCAGAAACAGCACGAGGGAAUCACACGAGCAAUCCUAGUGUUUCAACCGCAACAAGUGCUGCUUUGCUGCGCGGAAGGAAGUUACCCUCUUCAGCUUGGUCGUGCUCUGCAGAAACUCCAGUACAGUCUGUCAGUCGCCGCCGCUGCAUAUCACGAACACGUUUUUGCACCAGAAGCAGCACCGGCAUCCGGUAAAUGGCAUCAACUGAACGGGGAGAAAUACGGACAGAAUGCAGUUGCAUCGAAAGAAACCACCCCAUCAGCUACACGUGAGGACAUUGCAGAGGCAGAGUCUCUUAAAGCUGCAGCUGCUGAACGUGCAGUAGCUGCUACAGGCUCCUCGCCAAAUGCACUUGCAUUCGAUAGAGCAGAACAGCAGCAACGUGAGCUGUCCCCAGAGGCCGAUGGGGAGCCAGACGGAAAGCAGAAACAAGGCGCAAAAUCGGACAGCAAGCAGUAUCAAGCGACAAAAGAGAAGCACGGAAGGCAACAAGAGCAGCAGCCAACUAAUCAGCAAGUUGACCACCAGCAGCAAGAACUCUCAUCAGUAUGGGGGGGUCAGAUUGUUUCGUGGACAUGGCGGCGCUCGUGCAUGCGGCAACGGCAACUGUCAAAACGUGAAUCAGCAGAAGCGGCAGCAGUAACGGCAGCUGCGCUUUGCUACAGACCUCCAGCGCCCACGUCACUGGCACUGCAGCUCUUGCUGCUGCUGCUGCCGCACGACCUUGCAGUGCGCCUCCUUGCCGACGCGAAGACUGCGGAGUGCAAGCAGCCUCAGCAACAGCAGCGGUCGCAGCAAGUGCAGCAGGCUCCUUGGCAGCAGGCGGAUCCAGCGCAGCCGGAGAACUUAUUCCAACAUGAAGAUAUGAAGAAUCAUGCGGUACAUCGGGAACCUCGCAACGGCACAUGCGCUGCUCCUGUGGAGCGGCUGAGCAGUGUAAAUAGCUGUACAGUGCCUUUUGACGACCCCAGUUGGCCUGCUCUUCAGUUUGCAGGGAGAAGUGGCGAGGCAGAACAGCAACAGGAUGCUUUUAACAAACUGGAUGCCAAGGAGGGCGUGCGCUUUGAGCUACAAAGAGAGGAGGAGCAGCAGCAAGCUCAACCAUCCCCGCAGCACCUGAACCAGCAGCAGGCCACGCAGCAGGAACAGACAACCAAUGGGCCAGUCCAGGAGGGGGUAGAAUUACAAGACGAUUCGGGGUACCAGCAACUGCAGCAGCGACAGUAUGAUGCGCAGCCGGUAGCAUAUCCGGAGCACCAUAGCCACCUGGAGCAUGAGCAACAGAAGCACGAAAAACUGGCGGAGCAGAUCCAGCAGCUGGACAAGAACGCCGCUGGGUCCCUGGCGCCUGCUGCUUCUGCUUCCACGAAACUGCAUGCAGAUUCGCAUGGCCCUUCAGCAACGUCUGCAGUCGGGGGGGUCCCGGGGGCUCCUCAGCUGUAUGGGCGAGGUUUCGUGCAGGGCGAACAGCUGCCCGCAUCCUUUUUGCGUCUGCACUUCAACUUUGCGUCGCUCGACGCGGGAGCGCGGAUCAUCGCCUCGAGUCCUGGGAUGCAGCACAUAAAGGCGGUGCAGAGGCCUGACGCAGAUACGUACAUGCUUGCACCAUGCGACCUGCCGUCCAAGUACUUUGUCCUUUCUUUUUCGGAAACACUCAAGAUAGACUUCGUAGUAAUGCAGUCCUUCGAGAUCUACGCUAAUGCCUUCUGGCAUAUUCAACUGCUCGGGGCCGACACCUAUCCAACAGGGCAGUGGCGCCUCAUAGCAAACCUCCAGACUGCAGCAGAUGUCUCUUCGGAGCUCUUCGAUCUCAAAUCCGAAUGCGCUGCUCUCAGUAGCUGCUGGGCCAAGUUUCUUAAGGUUCGAUUGCUGACCCACCAUGACGAGGGUCCGCAUUAUUACUGCUCCCUCACCUCAUUUCAGGUUUUCGGGGCAACAGGCGUGCAGUUCCUUGAGACACAAAUUCACGAUGAGUUUGGCGAUACCGCCCAAGGAGCAGAGGGGGAAGUCUCUGAAGGGGCCCCUUCUUCCAGCGGCCUUCCCGCCGUUGGUUCACCUGCUGUAAUUACAGCUUCCGGGGGCUCUUCCGCUGGUUUCGCCCCCAAAGAUUCUCGACAAACCGGGGUCGAGGCUUCCCCUCCAUUGUUUGGCCCAGACCAGCCCGGCUCUCUUGCAGGAAUUAGACAGCAGCUGGAAGCAAUGCAAAGCGUUUCGGUUGAUGCUCAUGGGCACCAAGACUCGCAGCAACAUGAGAGAGAGCACGGGACAGUUGCUAAAACACCCCAGCAGCUUGGCGAGAUCCAGAGCGGCCACGUCAGUGCCGCAUCUGUGGAGCGUUUGCAUAACCGUAAUCCCGUCCCUAAGGAUGCCAUUGCUUCUUUGGAGGUGGACAGUCUGCAUAGAAGCACCGAACGCACUGGAACAUUUGAUAGGGCUGCGGAGGCGCAUUUGCUCCAUUCAGAACGCCAGCGAAGAGGCCUCUCAGCUGAAAGGCACAGUGGCAGCCCGUUGGAUGCGCCGACUGACGCGGACGCCCUUGCAGCUGUCUCAACAGAUCCGGAGACAGAUGUUGGCGGACAAAGGGUAACGCAACAGCAGCAGCAGUGGCACAACCUGCUCCGAGUUGAAGAUGUGGAAACACAAGGCGCUGCUGCGUUGAAUGCACUCUCAGGUGCACUUGAGAAGGCCUUGCAACAGCAGCAGCUUCUUAGGCAGAAACGCCACAGCCAGCAACAGGAGCACCUUGACCUUCAACAUGAUGUUCUAAUAGACGACCCGGCCUGGGCAGAGAUGGGCUACUCCUCUGUCUCAAUUCCUGGUCUGAGGGAGGUGCUUAGCUUCAAAGGCAAUCUGAUAGACUCCACGGUGUGUACUGCAAGCAACAGCAACAACGCUCGGAGCGUUUGGCAAGGCUAUAACCCACUCAUUCAGCCAACCACUAGCCGUUAUGUCUGCAUCCCUCUAGGGGAAGGGACGCCUACGGCUGGGGCAGCAGCCGCUGUUGCCUCUGCGAGCAAGCCCGGCGCAGUGCAUCAAGGUCACCUCGUUUCUGCAAACUCGAGUCCUAGCAAGAGCGGCAAACAGUUGGAAGUAGCCGAAGCGGCAACAGAGGCCCUACGGCAGGCAGCUGCAUACGCAAGGGCGUUCCUUUUGGAUGCCCUGCAACACCAGCAGCAGCAGCCGCAGCUGCAGCAGAGUCCAAUUAACGCAGCGUUCUUACGCUUUCUCAUGACGACCACGCCGGGCGACCAAGAUCAGCAGGCGGAGACACUCCGGGUGUUGUCGUUGCUGCUGCAGCCUCCCGCAGUGGACGUGAACUCAAACGGCGGGGCAGUUAGUGGAGAAGCCACGAGAGGCGGAAUGGCGGCGACACCACCCUUGGGCCCUCGCGAUACGAAGGGCGAGCACGUGCUGGUAAUGCUGCUGGAGAGAAUGAAGUCUUUGGAGGGAGAAACUGCAGCGUUUAAGGCAGCGGCUGCUGAGCGUCAGCAACAGCUACAGUUACAGCAGCAACACCUUCUGCAUCUCGCGCUCCUUGUCCAACUGCAGCAGCAGUUGGGUUCAUUUCUGUUUGAACGUCUAUCUGCGUUUGACGGCCUUAUUCCUCACUUAAACCCUUUGGUGCAGUUACUGGAUGAGUCCGAGGCCGCAGCAACAUCAGCAGCAGCAGCAGCACAAGAAGACGAAAGGCUGCAUGGCACUGUCCCUGCAGCCGCUGAGCAACAUCUUGACCCUCACUGCAACACGUUUGAUGGUAGCAGCAGUGGCGUCAACACCUCGGGGCAGCAGAAAGACCACCACCACCAACAGCAACACUGUCGCCACACUGCUAGACACCAUAUCUGGGGUUGGCCAUGGGAUGUACUUCAACAGCAGGUGCUUCAGUCACUGGAGUGGGUAUGGCGGUGGCUAGCAUUGCCUUUGAUGCAGUGGGGAGGCGACGUUAUUUUUGCUACUAGAGUAGCAGCACAGUUGCUGCAGCAGCUCUUUUGCAGUGACGCUGAGUCAGCAGUGGUUCAGCAGAGCUGCGCAGCAGCAUCUGGUCUUUAUCAUGGGGUUGCUUCGGUUGCAGGAUCAGUUGCAUAUGGUGUAAGAGUGGGCGCUGACAUCGUAUACCGCGGCAUUUCUGUCGUUCUAGCGCUUGUGGUAAAGACGUGGACUCGGCUGUUUGCUGCGGGCUACCAGGCGCCUCCACCCUUCUCACAUGACUGGUCCACUGGCAGCAGCAGCAGCGGCGGUCACUGGGCCGAAAGGUUUUUGAUGCUUCAGGAAAGAGGAAGUCCUCAAGCAGUAGAUUCGUCUCUUGCGACCCCGCUCCUGCUGCUUUUCGUUUGCUUUUUAACCGUUAGUAGUGCUUUCUUCUGGCGACUCCGUCGGGGACAGCGAGUUGCUGCGGCAGCUGCUGGAGAGUGCGCUCUGUUGCGUCGCUCCUUCGAGCUGCUGCAGCAGCAGCAUCAGGCAUUGGUCCAUCAGCUGCAACAGUACAAGAGGGAGCAGCAGCUGCUGCUGCUGUUGACGGCAAGUCAUCAUAACGGCAGCUCCUCCCGAAUGCUUUUGCAUCGCACAAAAUAUGAGACUUACGAAGCGGAUGCACAGCAGCGGCGACGAAAAGAGGUCCAGCUAGACGAUGCUGUAAAAGCGGAUUUGUCUUCGGGCAUAGUACGGGCUGCAGCUGCGCACCAAAGCACGGCUUUUGCUGAUGCUCCAGAGCCAUUUGCGUCUCCGUUGACAAGCCAAACCCAGCAAGAAGCAACGCCUGCACCCGAUACGACGUCGUCUCUUUUGCGGCGCCUGUCCACUUCUCUGGCCCCUACAGUAUUCCUUGGACUAUCACGAAACGCAGGAGAUGGACCCCACAUUGCGACUGCAGACUACGGGAGCAGCAGCAACAACAGCAGCAACUCCAGUGGUGACAAUGGUGGUGCCUCGCGGACGCCAGGGAGAGGCAGCGACGCGGUACUCCCGCACCGUCGAGAGACUGUGGCAAAACAGCAGGAAAGUUCCUGCUGGCCUCAUGAGCACCAAACCCAGCAGGAGCAGCAGGUGCAGUUUGCUGCCGCGACGCUGCUGCCAGCACUUGAUACGAAGGCUAUCAGGAGUCUCAAGCUUCAGCGCCACACUUUACGGCAGCGUCGCCAGGGGGGUGCCACAACUCCGGUGGCUUCCCCUGCUGCUGCAGCUGUCCCGGACGGUGAAACCCCAUUGCUGUCACCUUCAGUUAUCAGCGCAAGAGUCUCGGCACACACGCAGAAUGCCUACAUCUCAUCUGGAGCAGAGGCUGCUGCUAUUACAACUUACUCGGCUGCUCCUUCGCGAAGCAGCAGCAGCAGAAGCAGCAGUGUCUGUAGCGCGAGCGGUAAUCUACACGGGGUGGCAAAUUCAUAUUUGAAGUCACUGUGGGCAUCGCAGCUCGCUCGAGGCGGCACAAUACCGCAUGCUUCUCUUUUGUUGCAGUCGACACAGCGUCAGAUGGAAUCGAACCGCUCUAUAGGGCCUCCAGAAAGGCCUGAGCCAGAGAUAAGGGCGUCAAGCAAUCCUAGUAGCAGCAGCAGCAGCAGUAGCAGUGCGUGUGAGAGCUGUUUGUCAGUAGCGGCUGACGUAGCGGCCCCGCAAGGACCCAACGUCAGCUGCAGCAUGCCUGUGAGCGUCAUCUCCAAGGGCAGGAGAGUGACUGGUGGCGAACUGACUGACAAGUUUCGGACAGGAACAGGUGCCCUACCGUUGGUUCACAGCGAGGAGACGUUCGGUGCAUUCGUACCAGACGUCACCAGAUGCAGUGAAUCUGUGGGUGACAAGAUAUCCAUCGAGGCCAACGAUGGCGCCGGUAUGGCUCCUGCUUCUGCCGUCGGUCCCUCUACCGAACUUCAGCCGGAGCAGAUGCAUCUGCAGACUGCCUUGGCCUCAGGCACGGGACGUGAUGGCCGCCGCCGGCGGAAGAAGCGUGGUGCAGCGUAA